AUGACGUUUGAGCGACCUGGAAGGAGCCAGGUUGUCACUGAACAUGUGCAGCCCCUGCCUAACUCCCACACCGCCUUAAAUGACUCCCUAGGGGUCAGUCGGCAGUCGUCCACAGGAUCCUACCAGACUAUGAGCUCUACACAUCCAGGACACAGGAUGCUAAGUCAUUCAGACUCACAGCGAUCACAAAGUGCUGACGAUGAAAACAAUAGUGUGUGGAAGGGGAUGCGCAACAUUGCCAACAUGUUAAUGGAUGAUGCUGAAGAGGACCCUGGACCUCAAGUUAUUGACCCAGCGGAGGGUGUUGACUGUAAAUUAGGACGGAUACAAGUGGCUCUAAGUUAUGAUUUCCAAACACUAACGUUGAACUUAAAAGUUUUUCAGGGAGUUGGGCUUCCUGCUAAGGACUUUACCGGAACAAGUGAUCCUUAUGUCAAAAUUUUACUAUUACCAGAUAAAAAACAUAAACUUGUCACAAAAGUCAAAAAGAGGAAUUUAAACCCUAGAUGGAAUGAAUGUUUUCUUUUUGAAGGGUGGCCUCACAACAAACUUCUAGAAAAGACUUUAUACCUACAAGUGAUAGAUUAUGACCGCUUUAGUAGAGACGACCCUAUUGGAGAGACAUACCUCCCUCUGAACGAAGUCGACCUCUCUCAGUCACCCAUGAUGUGGAGGUUUCUACAGCCUUGUAAAGACAGCAGGGGAAAACUUGGGGAAAUCCUUUUAUCCCUAUGUUACCAGCCUGCUGUUGGUCGCCUCACUGUGAUAGUCAUGAAAGCAAAGGACCUCAAAGCCAAAGACAUUACUGGUGCAUCAGAUCCCUAUGUGAAGUUGUGGCUAAUGUAUGGUACCACAAAGGUGGAAAAGAAGAAGACGUCUAUAAAGAUGCGGACUUUGAACCCUGUAUAUAAUGAAUCCUUCAUCUAUGAGAUACCCUGGGAAAAGAUACGUGAAGCAAGCAUAGAAGUGACCGUGAUGGAUUUCGACAAACUUGGCCGCAAUGAAAUGAUCGGUAAAAUAUUUCUAGGUAGUCGCAGUGGUCCUUUAGAGUCAAGACAUUGGACUGAUAUGAUCACAAAGCCACGACAACAGGUAGCACAGUGGCACCUUCUCAAGGAUUAA